AUGGAUGGAUUUAACCCGUAUAACGGCAAGCCUCCCUCAAAUGGCUCCGGCUCGCAAGGUGAUGCUGGAUCGCAAGGUGCUGGCGGCGCCCCUGGUGUGCCUCCCUCUGGUCUUCCCAUCCCUCCAACCAAUGGACAGGCCGGUGCUGAAAUUGCGCCAGCGUUCGGCUCAGAUUCCGCACGUCAAACUCUUUGGAUGGGCGAGCUGGCCGGUUGGAUGGACGAGAGCUUUAUCCGCUCCUUAUUCCAGACGACGCUAAAUGAGAACGUUCAGGUCAAGAUAAUUCGAGACCGCCACUCCGGAAGUGCCGGAUACUGUUUCGUCGAGUUCGCGACCCCUGAAGCUGCUCAGAAGGCUCUUCAAUUGAAUGGCACGCCUAUCCCAAACACCGAUCGUGUGUUCCGCCUUAACUGGGCUUCGGGAGGUGGUCUCGUUGACCGCCGAGAUGAUAGGACCCCCGAAUACUCUAUCUUCGUCGGAGACCUUGGCCACGAAGUCAAUGAAUUUGUCCUGGUGGCCCUGUUCCAGGCGCGAUUCCCUAGCUGCAAAUCGGCUAAGAUCAUGACCGAUCAACAAACGGGACAAUCCCGCGGCUAUGGGUUUGUCAGAUUCUCGGAUGAGCAGGAUCAGCAACGAGCACUGGUCGAGAUGCAGGGCGUCUACUGCGGCAAUCGCCCUAUGCGAGUAUCGCCGGCAACCCCGAAGAACCGCAGCAACCAUCAGACGGGGCAAUUUAACCAGUAUGGCGGUCACCAGAUGAUUCAAACACCUCAAGUUCCCCCUCCUCACGCCGGUAUGGGCGGCCAAUGGGUGCAGCAGCAACCAGCAACGUACGGUUACCAGCAGCCGGGGACGUUCAACCCCCUGGCGAUGAACCAAUUCACAGAUCCCAACAACACAACGGUAUUUGUUGGCGGCCUGUCGGGAUACGUCACCGAAGACGAACUCCGUUCCUUCUUCCAGGGCUUCGGCGAGAUCACUUACGUCAAGAUCCCGCCGGGUAAGGGAUGUGGUUUCGUUCAAUUCGUUCACCGCCAUGCGGCCGAAAUGGCGAUUAACCAAAUGCAAGGGUAUCCGAUUGGUAACUCUCGGGUCCGGCUCUCUUGGGGUCGUUCGCAGAACAACUCUGGCGUGGGUACUCCCUACCGACCCGCACCUCCCCCGCCUCAUUACUUCCCCCCGGGCCCUCCUGGCCCUCCGGGGCCCGGUCCCGGCCCGUUCGGCGGCCCAGGUUUUGGCGGUAGUGGUCAUCAAGGCCCUCCUCCUGGCAGCUUGGGUCCUCAGGUGAGCUUCGUAGCGCUCUGCUCAAGCGGUGAUUCGGGACGAGCCGGCUAA